UAACUAUAGGGACAAAGUAAGAAUUGUAAAGUAUUUUAUAUGUAAAGUAUAACCAUAUGAUUAAAUGCCAUCAAGUCAUUGUUGACUCUGCAACCAUACAGAUUUUUCUGUGAAUAACCAUAUGAGUAAUCAAAUACUGUCAUGACAUGUUACAACAAAGAUGAAGUAUUGUUGUGGCAGAAAUUUGUCAAGGUAUGGCUAACUUAUAGUAUUAUCGGCAAGUCUUGUGAUACUACUUUUAUUAUGGCAAAAUACUUGAUAGAUCAGAAUCCAGUAUUAGAUAUAUCAAUUUUAACAACUCAAGUUUAUCAAAUUAAACUUUUGCUUUAGGAUCAACAAUCCCUCUAUUGUUUUUAUAGUAACAUACACAAUUUGUAGACUUGUGAGAUAAUUUUGAGGGCACUGUCUCUCUGUGUUGGAAUACCAAUCUAUUAUCCAAAGAAAAGAUCACACCUAGCCUGUUUUUUUUUCUUUUUAAUAAAUUGGACUUGUCCUUAAUUUGCAAUUACUUUAGUAUGACAGCCUAUCCAUCAUCGUUUAGCAUAAUCACCUACGGUACAUUGCACUCUUAAUUCACACUCAGUAGGAAACCUUACAGCAUCUAACGACAUUUACUUCCAAAUUAAUAAUGCUAACAUCGCGAAAUAGAAAUAAUUGGGGGGAGGAAAUGUAAUUAAACGAUCCAUAGCUGGCGAAACAGCAACCCUGCUUACGUUUUCUCGAGGGCAAUCCAUGGACGGAUUGCUUCUAACUACUACUCCUAUAAAUCCCUGCGCUAUUACAAUAUCCGGGACAGCAAGUGCAGAGCCCCUCUGUACUUGUAGUUUCAAGGGCCGGAAGCCUAGUAGAAGAAAAGGGGGAUUUCCCGCCAUCACCGGGACUACAAGCCCCAGCAUGCUUUGGGUAACCCGGGGCGGUAAUGGCGGCGGCAGCGCCUGCGCAUUGCGGUCUCCGUGCGGACCGCGCAGAGUGAAUAAUAAAGCUCUCCUCCUCGGUGGUAGCGGGCGGUGGAGGAGGGAGCGGAGGGCAGGAGCAUGUCGAAGGGCCCGGUAGGGACCGGGCCUCCUGCGACCGGGCCGGUGGCGCCCGCCAGCGCGCUCCAAGCGCAGCCCGAGAAGCCGCAGCACUACACAUACCUGAAGGAAUUCCGCACAGAGCAGUGUCCCCUGUUUGUGCAGCACAAAUGUACUCAGCACAGGCCCUAUACAUGCUUCCAUUGGCACUUUGUUAACCAGCGUCGUCGCCGAUCUAUCCGCCGUCGGGAUGGCACCUUUAACUACAGUCCUGACAUUUACUGCACCAAAUAUGAUGAGACCACAGGGAUCUGCCCUGAAGGAGAUGAGUGUCCAUUCCUGCAUAGAACUACCGGUGAUACAGAACGGCGAUAUCAUCUACGCUACUACAAAACUGGAAUCUGCAUCCAUGAGACUGAUUCAAAAGGAAAUUGCACCAAGAAUGGCCUUCAUUGUGCUUUUGCUCAUGGGCCACAUGAUCUACGUUCUCCAGUUUAUGAUAUCAGGGAGCUUCAGGCCAUGGAAGCUUUGCAGAAUGGUCAAACCACAUCAGAAAGUGGCAUAGAAGGUCAGUCUGCAGUUGCCGCUAGCCAUGCUAUGAUAGAGAAAAUACUCAGUGAAGAGCCAAGGUGGCAAGACACAACUUAUGUUUUGGGAAACUACAAAACAGAACAAUGUAAGAAGCCCCCACGCCUCUGUCGCCAAGGUUAUGCCUGCCCUUAUUAUCAUAAUAGCAAAGAUAGAAGAAGGAGCCCUAGAAAACAUAAAUACAGAUCCUCCCCAUGCCCUAGCGUGAAACAUGGAGAUGAGUGGGGAGAUCCUAGUAAGUGUGACAAUGGAGAUGCAUGCCAGUACUGUCAUACCCGCACAGAACAACAGUUUCACCCAGAGAUCUACAAAUCAACAAAAUGUAAUGAUAUGCAGCAGUCUGGCAGCUGUCCCAGGGGACCCUUCUGUGCCUUUGCACAUGUAGAACAACCUCCACUUAGUGAAGAUUUACAGCCAACAUCUGCUGUCUCUAGCCCAACGCAAACUGGCCCUGUAAUGUACAUGCCCUCAGCAGCAGGCGAUUCUGUUCCUGUCAGCCCUUCUAGUCCACAAGCCCCAGACCUUAGCAAUGUAUGGAAUAAACCAGGAACUCUACCAACUAGCCCUACUUCUGCUACAAUUCUCUGUAGAAAUAGCAGUCUUGGAAGCCCAUCUAAUUUAUGUGGAUCCCCUCCUGGUGCAAUUGGAAAACCCCAUAGUUUGGAAAGCAUUGGUUUUCCCACAGAUUCAGUAACUAGUGCAAGUAGCUAUAAGAAGGCACCUGGAUUUGAGCGGGAAGACCUGGUUGGAGCAGAGUACCUAAAGAAUUUCAAAUGCCAGCAGGCAAAAAUCAAAUCCCAUUCCAUGGAACAUAGAACCCAAGAACAACCUCUGUUACAACCCAAGCAGGAUAUAUUAGGGAUUCUUCCAGUUGGCAGCCCAUUGACAUCUAGCAUCUCCUCUAGCAUUACUUCUAGUUUGGCAGCAACACCACCAAGCCCAGCAGGCACCAGCAGUGUACCAGGCAUGAAUGCCAAUGCCCUUCCUUUCUACCCAACUAGUGACACUGUGGAGUCCGUGAUAGAGUCUGCCUUGGAUGACCUGGACCUGAACGAAUUCGGAGUGGCUGCCCUGGAGAAGACAUUUGACAGCAGCUCGGUGCCCCACACGAGUGGCAUCAUGAUAGGUGGGAGUUUGCUGCAAAGUUCUGCUCCUGUAAAUAUCCCUGGGUCCCUUGGAAGUUCUGCCUCCUUUCACUCUGCCUCUCCUUCUCCACCGGUCAGCUUAUCAUCGCAUUUCCUCCAUCAGUCCCAGGGACACUUAAGCCAAUCAGAAAAUACUUUCCUGGGGACAUCAGCUUCUCAUGGAUCAUUAGGUUUAAAUGGAAUGAACAGCAGCAUAUGGGAGCAUUUUGCUUCAGGAAGUUUUUCACCCAGUACUUCACCUGCAUUUCUGUCAGGUCCAGGUGCUGCUGAGCUGGCCAGGUUGCGGCAAGAAUUAGACGAAGCUAACAGCACGAUAAAACAGUGGGAAGAUUCUUGGAAACAAGCCAAACAGGCCUGUGAUGCAUGGAAAAAAGAAGCAGAGGAAGCUAAUGAUCGUGCUAGUACAGCAACCCUAGAAUGUGAGCUUGCCCGGGAGCAGAGAGAGAACUUGGAACUGCAAGUCAAGAAACUCCAGGAAGAAAUCGAGCAGAUCCAUACUGGCCAGGACCCCCAGUUCCUGCACUCAUUCUCUGAUUUAGAUAAUCUCUCCUUGUCCACACUCUAUAAUCUCCAAAAACAGUUGCGUGCCAAUUUAGAAAGAGUUGAUAAGGCAGUGUUUCAAAUGCAGUCGGUGAAAUGCCUCAAGUGCCAGGAAGAGAACCGGGUGGUACUACCGUGCCAACACACUGUGCUGUGUGAAACCUGUGCCGAGGAGGGUGAAUGCCCCAUCUGCCAUCCCAACAGGCCACUUGCUCUCCAAUCGUGACUGUACUAGGACAUUUGUUUAGCAUAUCACAUAGAAUUUUUAAACUUUUCUCAGAUAUAUAUAUAUAUAUGUCUAUAUAUAUCUGUGUGUGAAUGUGUGUGUAUAUAUGUACAUAUGCACACACACACACAUAAAAACAAAAUAUUAGUUGCAGAGCACUUUUUAAAUACUUUGCAUCUCCCAUUUAAAGGAUCCCUGCUCCCCAUCCCCACGGUCCCAUUAAUUCUAAUUCAUUAGGGACUUUUAGAGCAGUUUUUUAAUAUAGAUCGAAGAGCCAUUUGCAAAAUCUGUUUCUCCUCCCUCCCUUUUUUAUUUAGGAAAUAAUCUUUUUUUAGCCUUUUCUGGAGAGAUAUUUAGAGGGAGGACGAAGAGAGUUUGCAAGUGAUUUCCAACCUAAGGAUUGGGCUUUGGGGGAAGAGAAAAGAUAGAAAUCAAUUUUCGAUUCAUGUCUUCAUUUCCUUCUUUCAUCCUAUAGUAUUUUAGUAUUUUUAUUUGUAUCACAACCAUUACAGGUGUGCAAAGCCUUUGAAGCAACUCUUUUGUAAUGCCCCAAAAAGGCAAGACAUUUUUCUUUGAAUUGCUAAAGCAGCUUUUGCAAUGCUCACUUCAGGAAUGGCUUUCAAAGCUUCUGGGUAAAUCUUGCAAAAGAUUAAUUUGCUUUAACAAUUGGAAGAGCAGUGCUUUCUUCAUGCUGUGUGCUUUCUGAAACACUGCUUUCACAGGCUUUGUGUAGCCAUAAUAAUUUUACCCAUGCCAGUCAGUAGUCCCUGCUUAUGAGCCUCAAUUAUUCAGCAUUCUCGUGGCCUCCAGUAUCGUGAAAGUUUCUUGACUUGUCUCUUGGAAAACCAAAAGCUCCUCUUUUGAAAGUCAUUUUGCAUACUUCUUUAAUUCUGUCUGAGGAAUAAAAACACAAAACACACUGUAGAGGUAAGGCCAAUGUUAAGAUACUUUUUGUCAUCGCCACUACUCUGCAGUAAGACUUUGAGAAACAUCUGAGUGGGACUUUGUAAAGAGAAAAGUUCAAAUUUGUAAUCUGCAUUAUCAUGGAAGUGGAGAAGGGCUUCAGAAUCAGGCUUUGACGGUGGAGCCACUUGGAGUUCUUUUUGGUCUGUCUAAGAGACAUUUGUAACUCACCAAACAAAUUACAAUCCAUUAAAUUUCCUAGCUUUUGCUUACCUGCAGAAAUUGAGCAUUCUGGUUUAAAAAAAAAAUCAAAUUACAGAUUGCAAUACAUAGUGGGCUGUGCUUGGCUCGGUUAUCCAACUUGUUUAGUAUUGAAUACUUGGUAUUUCUUGUCAGUAGACAGAAACAAAUCAACACAUUUCCUUUAUCAUUCUUAUCUAUGAAUGGUGCUGUUACAAGUGUUGUAUUUAAAAGCAAACUAUUCUAUAGUUCAGAGAAGGAUGGCUCUUUGUGCAUUCAGAAAUGGGGAAUAUGCAGAUUCGCAGCACAAAAUCACCUUUCCUGAACUGUGCAGCACUUCAUAUUGUUGGUAAGUUGUCACCAACACAAAUAUAGGCAGAAUGUCAUAGAGAAGAUAGUUACUUGCUAUAUUUAUAUCUGCCUAUCAUAAGGCAAAGUGGUUUCUUUUCCUAUCUUUAUCCACGUUUAAUACAAGAAAGCAUCUGAUAAAGUUUACAUAGCAUAGCUGAGGACUUUUGUUAGAGUUGCCAAAUGAACUAAACUUGGAUUCGUUAAACUAAUAAUUUCUGCAAAAACACAGAGAUUGUGGUGGGAAAAAAAAACAGAAAAAAUACACUUUUUCAAAUGCUUAGAAGCCUUUGUAUGUGUUUGGUUGCAGGAUGCAAGUUCUCAAAAUGUUUCAUACUGAACAUAAAUAGCUAGAAGAGAUUAUUGCAACAGUGCAGGAUAAAAAUGGAUGAAGAAUGUAAGAUGUUAUAAUAUCCUCCCGUAAGAUUAGUUAGCUGUUUAGUAAUUAAAGUUCUUGUGAUAGAUUUAUCAUGAAUACCACAAGGCCACAUUUCACCACAUGUAAGAGAAGAGAAGGGAAAAUUGUGCUCAGAAUCCACACUGCUUCAGUUCCAAAAUACAUUCCUUUUUCCUUAUUACUAGGAAAUUUUCUCAUUUCCUUCAAGUUUCUAAGCUUUCCUUGAGCAUCUACAUUAGGUGUUCUUCAGGGAUCAAUUAUGUUAAUCCCAUGUUUCACUAGUCACCUUCUUGUGACCAUUCUCUUGCGUAUGGGAAUAUAUUUUGAGCCUGCACAGGAUACCCUGUGUUUGGAGAAUCCAAAGAAUGAUUCUAGAGAGGAGAGGAGAUGGGUCUUUGCUCUCCUGCACUUCUGUUUUGGCAUUUAUACCGCCAAUGAGAAAUGUUUUCUUUCCUACUGCUCUGCUUUUCUUCACAAAGUAUCUCCUAACUUCACCCUUAGUUUAGCAUCACCAUUAACUUCCCUGGUUAACUUGACGUAAGUGCAAAUUCCCUUCUUGGCUGGGUACCUGCCAUCAAACAACUUCAAUGAAGAUAGUGUAUGUCAUCCCCAAAUGACUAAAAUGUCUGAAUCUCUAAACAUGGUGCUUGGCAUGGACUUACUAGAGAACUAUAUAAACCAAACAAUAUGGGCAAUCUUGUGUCUUAGAUUGAAAUGACCAUUUUUAUCAUCCACUUUCUGGAUGCAGUGCAUCCAGUCCAGAGGAAUACGUAAAUUUGGCUUGUUGUUAAAACAGAUGGACAGUAACUAAUUGUCUUGAGUCCCAGGCAACAGUCAGCUGGGUUUGCAGGUGUAGUCAUUUAUUUCUCAUGCUUUUGUGGGCCAGCAUGAGUCAAAAACUUAUUGAAAUCAGUUUUUUAAAAAAAACGUGGAGUAAUUCUAAGCAUGUUUACACAGAAUUUAGCCCAACUGAACUCACUGGAAUUUGCUUCUUAGUAAAUGUGCUUCAGAUUGCAGCACCAGCGAAUCACUUCCUUUGAGAAUUCAUUUGCACUCUCUCCAGAGUGUUUUACAAAGGAACGUCAACUCACUGAUUAUGUUGAUGGUUCAAUUAUGUGUGUUAAAGUUCUAAAUAAUGAUACUGGGGCCUAAAUCCAACUGACUUUCAUUGAAAUUUAAGGUUUGGAAUAUUUCUGUUUUAAAACUUGUAUCCAGUGAAUGUGUUGUCCUACUGUCCCUGAGUGGUAGAGCUCUCACUGCAGUUCGUUCUUAUUCAGACAGCGCAACAGCUUCCAGACAAUAAAAAGCAACAGUCCAGUCUAGAAGGACUCUAAUCUGCCACUUUGCACUGGGAGUUGUUUCAUGUGUAAAAGUGUAAUAUUUAGAAUUUAAUCUCACUCCCUUGCUCACCAGUCUUUGCUUUGUUUGCAGUAGCUGACCCACUUUUCCCUAACCUGAAAAAGCACUGGAAACUCUGUCUUCAUAAGAGGGAUCCAGCCAUUCACCAUCAAGAUAGCUUUUUCAUACGUAAUUCAAGUACAUUAGAUUUGCUUCCAUAAUUCCACCCUUCUAUAUUUGUGGGGGUUAAAUAUGCAUUCCCAGAUAAUCUCAAAGUGCAGCUCUGGUUAGGUUUUUUUUUUAAUUAACUUUUAUGUUUGAUAAAACUGCUUUUUUCAAUGUGUAUGUUGUACUAGUAUCUGUUGUUUUCUUCAUUUUUUAAAAAAAAACACUUAAUUGGCUUUUUUAUGUAUGGAGAGACACUGCUGGCUGACUCUUGUAGCUGUGUUGUUUUUGGUUAUAGCCUUUGAAUGUCUGUGCCAUGAGGCAUCCCUGGUCUCUGUGGUCAGGACACAUGCUUCAGUCUUAAAGAAAGCUUGUUUGUUUAAAAUAUGUGAACAUUUUUUUAAAAAAAAUACAUACAGAUACACAUACAUUUAAAUUAUGGGGAAUAAUACUCUGCUGGAAAUGUACUAAACUAUUUUGGUAACUAAUUUAAAAAUAAUAGGAAAUAAAAUCUUUGAAUCGGGUCUAUAGUGUUUAUACAGAAUUGCAGCCAUUUGCAGAUGCUCUGGUGGUGACUGAUUUGUAACACUUACUUUUGUAAACAUUGUGUUUUAUUGCUUCCUCUGCCUUUCUAUGUGAUUGUCCAUAGUGAAUUGUUGACUUUGUGGGAUGAUCUGAUUUACCCUGAACUGCCAUAAUUUUAUUAAAUUCAGCAGAAUUCUUUGGGAAAAAUGUAUCACCAAUACACUUGGUGUCACUUAAAUUUAGAUUUUUUUUAAAAAAAAUUUUUUUCCCAAGAACUGACAACUCUAUACAAUAUUGUUGAUUACCCUAUUCCUAUCCCCAACUCCAUUAGCAAGUUGCUGGUGGAAUAUGAAAAAGAAAUUGUGUGUGAAGCCGGCUAUUUACAUCCAUGCCACAACUUACUCUGUCUGUCUUAUUUUGAAGGACCAAAGAAUACCAGAAAAUUUGAAAAUUUCCCCAUUCUUAUAAAUAGCUUAACAGAUUCUUAUCCAAUUAUGUCCCCUUCACCUGCCUCAUAGAUAUCAGUAUUAUACUUGGGCAAGAGAAUAUAACAGUAGAUUGGUUUUAUCUAAUAAUCAGAAGGACAAAUAUAUCUCUAUCCCACUCUUUUAAAAAGCACUUUUUUAAAAAAAUGCUAGAUUUCUAUGAAUUUUAAUAUUGAAAAUGAAAUACCUGAAAUGUGAAUGUUUUAUUAGUUAUCAAGUGGAAAAGCAAAAAUGGCUUCUCUGUUUUUUAAAGAUUUAAUUCUGUAUUAAAUUUCUGUAUAGGCAGUUUUGUUUACUGGGGUGCUUGAGAGCAAGUCUGCUGUAUCCUGCCAGCAAUUGUCCAUUAGAGGAUCUGCGCAGUUCCUCUAUUUUAAACCAACAGAUUCUAUAGUUUCUGCCUGUCAAAAAUUGGGUUUGUGAGUAAAUCAACCCUAAUAAAAUGCCGAAGGAAUUGUGUUUGGAUUAUGGAAUUCCCCACACAGUUGAGUAUAAAGCCUCUCAUCUCCCAACUCUGGUUUUUGAGCAAAGUCUUUACUAGAAAAAUGUAAUGCAUUUCCACUCUCCAAAGGUCUUAUGGAGUUGGAGGUCCAGCUAUUAAUACUAUUCACCAAUCCAAACUAGACAUUUUCGUCUUGCUCUGAAUAUGAGAAAAAUGAAUACUGUAGGUCAGUAAACCUACUAUAGGAGGUAUAGGAUAAUUGAUUAAUUGAAGAAUUAAUAGGGAAGCCUCUAAGUGCCCACAUGUGUUCCUUCCUUUUAAGAUGAAUGGUUUCGUGAAGAUGAGGGAUUGCACCUUUCAGUCAAGCAUUGCUCCCUAUCUGCAGGGUUCCAAAAGAAGAAAUAGUGGCUCCCUUGCCUAUGUUCAAUGCUGCAAUUCAUCCAUGGUUUAAUAAAUCCAAGAGGUGCAUACCCUUUCCUCUUCCUCUUCUCCAGUGCAACUAUGAAAAGGAAGUUGACCUCAUCUACAUCCAUUUGAAACACUCACAGCUUGCUGUGCUGUUUGAACUUCUACAACUGCCUUUAGUGUUAAUUGUGGUUAAUGGAAACAAACCAUCACUCAAACAUAGCUUGAGAAACUAAUUCAUUUUUUUCACUAAGGUUAAUUGCAGAUUCGUAUUUAGACAUAAUACAAAAAUGUAAUUAAUCAAAACUCAAAGUAGAACCUUUGAAGAGAAAUACACAAGCUCAAAGCUAAUGUGGGUCACCUUGUUUUAUUAAAUCACAGUUCAGUCAUAAAGACAGAGCAGAACAGAGACUCCACAUAGAAGCCUUGCAACUAUUUUCUAAAUAUAGGCAAUACAUUUCUUCUUUUUAUGACCAGUGUGUGUGAGGGAGUUUCUUCAUCAUAAUUUUUAAUUCCCCCCCCCCCAAUAUAUCAACCUUUGGAGUAAUGCAAUGAGAACAUAGAUGUUUCUAGUGAAAAGUAUUAUAAGUGAAGUGUUCCCUCAAAUCUGGUAACUAUGGAUCAAAAAUCUCUAUGGGGCUUCCCCACUUUGUAGCUUCCAGUGUUUUAAACAGAAUGUAAAUAAUACAAUAUAAAUUCUUAAAAACUACA